GCAGGGCACCAGUGUAGUUGCUAUUAUUUGUGUCUAGACUGUGUCGGAAUUCUUAGGCGAUACUGCCGAACAAGAGAAUUCUGAUUCAGUCGGUUUUGUUCUGAAGGAAAUUGUUACAGAAGCUACACAAACACCAACACAACGAAAAGCGUAAUGGGUCAAAACAAGAGUGACAGAACAUCACCAUCGACCACAUCGUGACCACGACUACAUUCAUUGGGUGCUAUCCUGCUCACGAGCCAAAUUCAGCAUCCGUUUGCUCUUUUCUUGCUGGAAUUCUUGUGGAAUCAAUGCGAGCAUCCACGACAUCUACUGUCGGUUCCGAGCAGGACUUGAGGGUGAGGGCGGAAGAUGGUUUGUCUUCACAAAUUGUGCAGGACCACGCUACUUUAAAGUUUCCCGCAAGCUCGCCCGAUUUAUUUUUUACGGACGAUUCGAGUGUCGAGGAACUUUUUGGUGGCAAUAAAGGUAGUUUUCGUUUUCAUUGGGAGCAUCAAGAGGAAGAGGAAGAAGAAAAAGAUCGUUGCUGCGCGGAAGCGGACUACGACCAGGACAGUGCUGAACUUGAGUCCUGGCCUAGCCUUUGUUCUGAGCUUCCGCCCUGUGUGUCCGCGGAACAAGAAGACCUUGACGACCAGAAUGCAGCAGGCGAGGUGGACCAACCUUUGUGCCCCUCCACCACGACGACCCAGGAGAAGCACGUGCCUUUUGUGUUUGAUACCCCGGGGACUUCUCGCCAACAAGGAAAAAUGAGCAAUUCCAACCCUACGCUGCUGAAGAGCGCUUUCGGGUUCUGCGGAUUUGCGAAUCGAAAUAAGACAGGGCAAACGCGAGGCACCCCAGUGCAUCAAGAGAUGAAAGCAGCACACGACCAGCAUGGGCGACAAGAAGGACAAGAAGGUCUUCCCCCAGCGCAAGAAAAGGUCGGACCUUCGCCAGGAGGUUGUACUGUUGACCAAAGAGCCCAGCAGCCGGAGCUCAGCAAACCGAAAGCCAGUCAGUAUUCGCACCUCCGGCAGAUUGGCAACGGAGCCUAUGCGACCGUGUGGCUGGCAGUGAAAAAGACACGACCAGAGACGCACAGCACUCAGGCCGCUUCCGACCCGUGCUACGUUGCCGUGAAGGAGAUUUCUCGCGUAGAUGCUGAAAUGACCGAACGCACGGUGCUGAACACCUGGAACGAGCGCAACAUCCUGAAGAAACUAACGGAGGAGCAGGUCGGACAAAACAACGCUGGCUCGGGCUCGUCUGCCCUAUCGAAAUGAAGAGUUCUAUCGCCACAUUUUUCAGGUUCACGCGCGGUCGUAGUAAGUAAGUGCAUGUAUCAUGAAGAUGACAAUGAAUAUCAAAAGACUACCAAAAAGCCCGUGUAAUUCGUCAUUUUCCAUGUACGCAAUAAAAUGUGCAUUCCUGAAGUGCGGAGCUAUGGUGUGCAUGACGAAGCCAUCCUGCUCAUAUGAUAGAGCUUUUUUUCGCUUCCAUACUAGGCUUCUUGCAAGUUCGUGUAUUUGCUGGACAGCUACACGACCGCAUCAAGUCUGUAUCUCGUUCUGGUAUCAAAUGCAAAUAUGAUAUGUCUGGGUUUAGAGCAGUGCGAUUGACUUGUCACGCCUAAUUCCAAUACUUACCAAUGCUGCAGCUGAACUCGUCUCCAAUGCUAAUGCAUCUUACAGAACAGCGUUUGCGCUUCGUAAGCCUCUGGCAUGCAAAAGCGCUACUUUUCAUCGACCUUGCCCGUUGUGCAUCACUACAGAGACAAAGCACACAAAGAAAAGUGUGUCCUACCUCCUGACUGCAUACCUGAUUAAUUGAUGCUGUACUCUAGUACUAUUGGCAUGACCACUUUCGAAACCCAGACGCAUUCGACGCACUGCAUAUGUGGAACUCGCCAACCAUUCCUCCGUCUUCGAGCACCUCAAACUCUGCUACAAGCGCCGCUCGGAACAAAUGCAUGCGAACACGCCCCCGGAGGAACGGUGUUGGUGUCUAUCGCGCGGGGCGGAAGCCGAGCUUUUGUUGACGCCGUGUAAAAUAGAUUCAUCUACCAGUGCUUCUACUUCUUUUGCGGACGGCGACGGCGGCAACAAGAUGAGCAGUACGAACACGCACGAAGGCGACGCCACAAAAACGAGGAUCCCAGCUUGGGAAUGGACUUUUGCCAAGGCAGAAUGGUGCGCCCGCGAGAUUGCGACCGCAUUGAAGUACUUGCACGAGAGAAAGAUUGCGUACCGCGACAUGAAACUAACCAAUGUGAUGGUGGAUAUUAGGAGAACGACCACCGGUAGUACAACAAGAACGAAAGCCCCGACCCCGAAUCCCGCGCCGACCUACGAUGGAGGAGGUACAACUUCUACAGAAAGGACUCCUCUGCAACGAUUGGUCUUGGUGGAUUUUGGGUUUGCCACCGACGACGACGCGCACCACUGCACCCACGUGCAGGGGACCAUGCGGACCAUGGCACCGGAAAUCGUGUUCCUCAAUUCCUCCGACAAGAACGAUUCGACUUCUACUAUGUUGGACGUCGAACAGGAUCAUGCUCUAGUUGGCUCUGGCUCUCCCCCGAAGACCUACGACGGCUUCCGGGCGGACAUUUGGUCCUUUGCGUGCGUGGUGUACGAACUCUUUGCCGUGGGCAGGCAUCUGCUCCCGGGGUAUUUCGAGGAUCUCGAAAUUGACACGCACAACUAUCGCCGCGAGUAUGAUCUCGGUACACAAUUCCGCCUCCGCAUUGUUCUCCCCGAUAGCAUCAAUCGGGAUCAUCUUCUUGUUUCUUCUGCAAAAUACUUGCACACCACCAAGUACAGUCGUUGCUUCUGCUUGCUUUUCUUUUUCGGCCCUGUGUGCAUGAAAACCACAAGUUAAUGACGGAAGCCCAAGCAGGACAAGACUCCAGAUCUGUGCGCAGUUCUUUUCUUCUUUGUGCCAUAGCAACAUCUUUUUUUAUAUCUUGCUUUGACCUUCGAACAGUAUAGAAGACAAGGGAUUGUGGACUCCCAUAGGAAACUGGAACGAACGGUGGCACUGCUGGAGCAGAAGGACCUGGCGGACAUGUCGACGGAAAAUCGCCGCUUCCCAAACCAUGUGCUGCAUGAGGAGCGGUGGCAGCAGGUCUUCUGGUUCUUUCUGAAGUCCACCGUGAAAAGAGACCCGGCGGCGCGUCCCGCGAACAUGAUUGAAGUUAUCACCCGUACAGGUGUUACGACUUCAGCUGUUCUUCUUGCAACAUGUAAAGAAAAGGAAAGUUCAUCUUCAUUGGCAUUUUCUUUCUGCGUCCGCCUCCGUGUCGAUUUACUUUGCAUGAUGAUUUUUCCUGUCCACGAGUACAGUGAUCGUGCGCGGCCUGACAUGUUCCGACGUUUAUAUAGAAAGAUAGUACCUACAACUUUCCAUUUUUAUUCUUCGCAGCACUUGAGAUUGUAACAACUGAGCGGGCGUCUAUAACAGUCUGUGACAGAUUCUUUCCGGCGCGGACCACUUCAUCAUUGGAGACGAUGCGCUACAACGGAAGAAAUCAUGCGGGUGAAACUGAUUUCCAGGUAGCAUUCAGCGAGGACCUGGACCUCGUCAAACAGUUUUCCGACGACACAAGAACAGGAGAGAGCCCAUUUGCUCAGCGGGGGCGCGCGCGGGCACGCGCGUUUCGACUUUUUCCGGCAGCCGAAGACGCCGUCGAUCCCUUCGAGGGGUAUUAGAAUCUUUAUCUCACCCAGGGGGCCGUCGAGCAAGAAACGAAGUCCGUUCUUCCAUAAUAUUCCUCGGCCAAAACGGGCGUACAAUAGAUAUUUUUACUGGACGGAAGCAACAUCUCAGUCUUGUUGAUCUUACCGAAUUUUGUUACACAAGCAGCUCACUGUUGAACUACAACUCUGAUCUUAUAUUUUUCAGAAAGUAGAUAUAUAUUUUUUAAUAUUGGUACUAGUAUCCUCACUCGGCUCUCUUUGUGCUGACCAGAAACAUAUUUUUUUAAUCAACGCGCCUAGGCCAACGUGCUCUAGUCUGGAAAAAUCUAUACGAAAAGCAAAAGAGCUUGGGCGAAAGAUUCAUAAGUUUUUAUCGGCGAUGAUCUCCAGCCUGCUAAAACUUCAUCUAGG